AUGGCUUCAAACAACGCAGAGGAUAUCGCCGAGAAGGCCACUGGAGCCAAGCUUCAGCAAGCCCCAAGCGCAGCUUCCUACCGUCUCGGUGAUCACAAGCCUGUUGAGGACAGUGCUGUUCGCGAGUUUUACGGGAGUGCUGUCAAUGAGUCGUAUCGGCUAAAGUCUGAACUUGUUGCACGCCAUCUCUCGGAGAUUGGUACCGGAAGGUUCCAAUGGAUUCUCUUCGUCGUCAACGGUUGCGGCUGGAUGGUCGAUAACUUCUGGUCCCAAGGCAUCACCGCCGUUCGUCCCCCGAUCAUGAACGAAUUCGACGACAUUACUAGACUCAGCUUCAGUUCAGUGGCUUACUACGUCGGACUGAUCGUUGGAGCCUUCUUUUGGGGCACCGCGGCUGAUGUCAUUGGCCGCAAGCCUGCUUUCAACUCUACAAUCUUUAUCGGAGCCAUCUUUGCUUGUGCAGUUGCUGGGUCUCAGGACUUCAUCACCUUUUGCUCUCUCUGGGCUGUCAUCGGUACUGCUGCUGGAGCGCCCAAGUAUCUUCUCUCCAAGGGGCGGGACGCAGAGGCUGUGGAAUCGGUCAACUACAUCGCUCGUUACAACGGCAAACCUGAGACCCUGACACUCGAGAUGAUGCAGGAUAUCGACCGCCAAAUCUACUCGUCUGCGGUUGUCUCGUCUACCGGCGAACCCGUCCACGCCAUUCCGGAUCAGACCGAGAAGAAGCUUUCCAUGAAAGAUAUCCUCAAGGAGAACUUCAAGGACUUCAACAUGAGCAGCUAUCGCUCGCUCUUCGCCGGCCGUAAGAUGGCACAGCACAGUGCAGUUACGUUCUUAAUCUGGCUUACCAUUGGAAUCGCCUACCCGCUCUACUUUGCAUUCAUUACUUCUUAUCUUGAGUCUAAGAAAGAUUACACGGCUAGCUCAUCGUUCAACCACACCUAUAUGAUCUACUGCAUUGUUUCCGCUGUUGGGGUCCUCGGCCCCAUCUCAGCAGGUUUCCUGGUGGAGACUCGGUUCGGCCGCAGGUGGAUGAUGGCCAUCUCUGCCGUUCUCACUGGCGUCUUUCUCUUUGCCUACACAGCCGUUGGCACUGAAGCCGCCGACAUUGGAUUCCAGUGCGCCACAGCUAUUCUCGGAAACUUUGAGUACGCCGUCAUGUUUGCCUUCACUCCAGAGUCUUUCCCUGGACCAGUACGAGGUACUGGCACUGGUAUUGCAGCUACACUUCUCAGACUUGGUGGUCUUGUGGCAUCUUUUAUUUCAACAUAUUCUGGGUUCACGGUUGUUCCGAUUUAUGCAAGUGCAGCGCUUUGGAUCGUCGUCGGUUUCUUCUGUCUUGGUCUUCCUUAUGAGACACAUGGACAUGCCUCUCUCUAG